GUCGCCUGAGUGGCUUUAUUGGCUUCGUCAACGCCAACUCUAGCAGUAUCAUUACCUGAGUUGCUCGAGAAGCCAGGAUCAUCUGUCGGUCUUUUCCAAGGUCGACUACCCUCUUCGAAUUUUAAACAUGUCUCAUAUACUUCUACCUCUUGAACCCAUUAACUUGGCAACCGUUUCGCGGUUACUGCUCUCGCGCUACUUGGCGAGCUUCCACCGUUAUUAUCCUGUCCAACCUGGGCAAGUCUUUAACGAGCGGUACCAGACGAUUGGCAAACUCGGGUUCGGUGCUGGUUCGACGGUCUGGCUCGCCCGAGAUCUCAAUUUUGGGAAGUUACAGGCAGAGCCUGGAUCUCUUGACUCUAGGCAUUAUGCGGUGCUUAAGUUCUGCAAGUGCGGCUAUGUGAACAAAGAAGCUGCUCAGCAUGAAUUGGAGAUCAACAAACGUCUGUCCAGUGGGAGUCCGUCAAUCGAAGUCAUACCAUAUAUUCAACUCAUGAAUGAGAGCUUCGAAGUCGUAGGGCCAAAUGGUACCCAUUUUUGCUUGGUAUUUGACCCAAUGCGAGAAACUUUAACACUUUUCCAGUCCCGCUUGAAGAGAAAGAGGCUUCCGGUUGAGGUUAUGAAAAUGUACCUGGUGUGUCUGCUGAAAGCCCUUGACUAUAUUCACACCGAGUGCCGGAUUGUCCAUACUGAUCUUAAGUUAGACAAUAUCUUAGUAAGCUUCGAGGAUGACUCUGUGCUCGAGGAAUUCGUCCAGGCACAGACAGAAAACCCGAUGUUUCAGAGGAAAAGAGACGGACACUCUAUUUAUCAAUCGCACAACCAAUUUGGGCCAGCUCGACUGCAGCUCGGCCCAAUUGUCCCGGUAAUUGCAGACUUCGGGCACGCGCAGUGGAUUAAUGAUUCACUGCCACAAAUCCAUCCAAUUCAGACCGACUAUUACCGCGCACCAGAAGUUAUCCUGGGAGUAGGCUGGGGUUCCAGUGCGGAUAUCUGGAAUCUUGGUGUGUUGCUUUGGAGUAUGCUAGAAGGAACGGACACGAAUCUUUUUACCAACAUCCGUUCUAGCGAUAGGAAAUACAUGGCGCGGAAUCAUCUAGCGGAAAUGAUUGCGCUGUUAGGGCCGCCGCCGAAGGAAUUAAUCAUGCGCGAGCAUAAAAUGCGGAAGUGGAACUUCGCCCCAGCAAUUAAGAAUGACGAGAAUGAACUCUGCCAUAAAGUGUACGAGUUCUACGAUGGCCCAUUCUUUGAUAGUGAAGGACAGUUUCUGUAUCCUGACCUUAUUCCUAGUGAUCUCAUAUUUGAGAACACGAUAAGCUCACUUGAAGGGGAGGAAAAACGUGCUUUCUUGGACUUUGUAGUUGGCAAUAUGCUUUGUUGGGAGCCUGAGAAAAGAAUGACUGCUAAGGAGCUGCUACAACAUCCGUGGUUAGCAGAUGUUGAGCUGGCUAAAAAGGACUAA